GGAGAGAAGGGUUGGAUGUGGGGAGAAGCCGGGCUUGCAAACAGAAAUUUGGAGGCUGUCUGACGGGGAAUCCCCGAACACGUCACUGGCUCAGGUGGCGGGCGGGACUUCGAAAACAGUGACUGGGCCCGCAGUCCGGGCAGGACUGCAGUCGCGCGAGCCGAGUUUGGCUCCCUCUCUCCCCGUGUCUCCUAGGAGCGUGGGCAUCUGUGGAAGGCGGAAGCGACUGCGGGGGCCGUCUUCUCAAGAAAGGGCCUAAUUUCGCCUGCCAUGUCUGGGGGCUUCGAGCUGCAGCCGCAGGACGGCGGUCCGCGGGUGGCCCUGGCGCCCGGGGAGACGGUGAUCGGCCGCGGGCCGUUGCUGGGAAUAACAGACAAGAGAAUAUCCAGAAGACAUGCCAUUCUUGAGGUGGUGGGUGAUCAGCUUCGAAUCAAACCGAUACACACAAAUCCAUGUUUUUAUCGGUCUUCUGAGACUAGCCGGCUCUUACCAAUGAAGACAAAUCUUUGGCACUGGUUGAAUCCUGGAGAUAGUUUUUCUUUGUUAGUUGACAAAUACAUUUUCUGUGUUGUCUCGACACACUCUGAAAUGGAACUAGAAUGUACCUUAAGAAACAGUCAAAUGCUUGAUGAAGAUGACAUAUUGAAUGAAGCACCCAAAUCUCCUGUGAUUAAUUUACCUGAUAAGAAAAGUGGUGCCUCACAUCUGGAAAGAACCACAGAAAUAACUGAGACCCAGACUACUACUACAAGUAGUUUGUCCUUCACAGGUGAAUGCAGAGGCUUAAGUAAAAAGCAAUCAGAUCCUGCCCAGAGGAAAAGAAUCCUUCCAACUUGGAUGUUACAAGAUUUAAGUGAUCAAAACCUUUCAGCAUCUGUCAUUAGUAGAGAUAACAGCAUAAUCCAGGGAAGUGGAAAAGAAGGAAUCUGCAAAGAAAAAGCCCACAAAAACAUAACACAGCAAGGCAGAAAGCGAAUUUCAUCAGGAAAUUCAGAAAGUGUAACAGUAGGACAAGAUGCAGGAAAAAAAUGCAAAGAUAUUGAUCAAGAAGAGCCUGUCAUUUCAUCCAAGGAAAUGCCUGAAUCAUUUUCUGCUACCAUGUUAAGUAAUCCAGAUAUGCGUACUUUGAAGAUUAAUACACAGAGAAAUGAAAUUCCAGUUGUGGAAUUUGGUAAGAUUUCUGAACAUAAAGACAUGACUAAAGGAACACUAAAUAAACAAGAUGAGGCAGUGAGCUUUUUUGAGAGUUCGAGUGUCCAAGGCAAGUCAUUCUUCAGUGAGUCUCAGAGAUCUCGUCAUAAGUCCAACUCUGAACCUUCCAGUUCUGAAGCUUUACAGGCAAAGGCAACUGAUUCACUUCCACAAAGUUCACAAGAGAACAAGGUCAAGAGGUCAUCCUGCAUGUAUGGAGCAAACUGCUACAGAAAGAAUCCUGUGCAUUUUCAGCACUUUAGCCACCCUGGCGAUAGUGAUUAUGGAGGUGUGCCCAUCACGGGUCAAGAUGAGACUGAGGAGCGACCUGAGUGUCCCUACGGAGCAUCUUGUUAUAGGAAGAAUCCCCAGCACAGGAUAGAGUAUAGACACAGUACACUUCAGGGGAGAAGCGCUGCAGAGGAAGAGGCCGGUGCUGGACAGCCCAGUGAGUGUGACCUGCAGGACAGCUUUCUAGAUGCUGAGGAAGACAGGCAUGAGCUGACAGAUGAAGAUUCAGACUGGGAACCGGGAAAGGAAGACGAGGACCAGGAGGAUGUGGAAGAGCUUUUGAAAGAGGCAAAAAAGUUUAUGGAAAGAAAAAAGUAACUCUUUUCCUGUAUUAGAUUCACAUUUACUUUUUCUCUUUGGAAAAAUUCAGGAACUAAGGAGGUGCUUCAGUGAUCCUUUCCUUUCUUUUGAUAGUUGUAACUUUUGCUAUUGACUCUUUGCAAAUAAAACAUUGAAGUGUCUGCCUUCUGUGUAGCGAAAAGAAUUAAUUUUGUUACCUUGCCCUUUCUUUCCCAUUUAAGGUGUCUGGCAAUAGGAAGCAGACAAAGAGGUCAAAGAGCAAGAAUUAAUACUUUUCAUGUACUUUGUAUAUUGGCAAUAAAACGUAAAGUCCAUAGGUUUUCGUCUUCUUCUUUUUUCCAAAGAUUCUGUCUUUAUAGAGUACUAUGCAAGCAUAUCUAGGAAAAUUACAUGAGGGCUGGGGAGGCAUGAUUGCUAUUGUAGUUCUUCAGCCAAAAUGAGGCUUUACAAGUGACAGCUAUUACAUACAUAAUGGCUAUUAAUUUUUCUACAUGUGAACUUUAUAGUUUCAUUUACUACUUAUACUCUGAAAUUUGGAGAAAUUUUUACUAAAUCAGCACUGCAAAAAUUCAGCUAAGUUAUAAAAAUGAUCACCUUACAGGAAAUGUUAUUUUGUGUCCCACAUGUGUAAUUUACUGUAAAUCUGAGUUUAAAGGUAGAAAAACUCAAAGAAUUUGACAUUUUUUUGCAAACUAAAGGCCAACCUAUUAUUUUAGCUCUCAUUGUUCUAUCUUUGCAUUAAGAAUAUAAAAAUGAUUUUAACCAUAAUUUUCUCAAAAGACAUUAUUUCUUGUAUGCUCAGAUGAAAGUAGUGAGUUGUUUGCCAGGGUUUAAGACUCUAGUUUCUUACAUGAAAAAGUUCUCCAGUUAAAUAACAUGUAUCUCUGUAUUUCUGUUAUUAAACUACUGUAGGCUCAGCAGUAUCAUUUUAAAUGACUUUAAAUUCUUAAAAUAUAGUUUAGAAUUUUAAUAGUGGUUCAGUGUAUAUAUAUAUAUGUACAGUGCAAGAGGUAUAUUUUUGAAAUCAUAAAUCAGUAACUGAGAUGCAGCUUUAUUAAACAAUGUUUUCACUCUAAAAACCUAUGCUAUGAAAGAGCAAAACAUCUAUUAUAUUGUUUUCUUAGUGUUUUUAAAUAUCUCUCUAAUUAAACAGUAUUAAACUUUACUUAAACUUAAGCAAGGUCAAUAAAUAUUUCUCUAGAGUAUUACCUA